AUGACGUCUGCAACAUUCCUUUCGGUGAUGGCCGGUCUCUCCGGUAUCGUUGUGUUUGGAGCACUCAUCUCGGUGUUCCAAAUCUACACUGAUAUCAACUCAUUUGUUGAGGAGAGCCACAAGGAGCUCGGAGAGUUCAGAGGUUUUGCCAACGACGCCUGGAACUCGAUGAUCAACCACGACGACUCUGCCCGUGUCGCCCGUUCCGUCUUCCACCGUCGCCAGAAGAAACAAUCCCACUGCAACUGCGGACAACAGGCCACCAACUGCCCAGCCGGACCACCAGGACCACCAGGAGCACCAGGAGAGCAAGGACACGAUGGACAACCAGGAGGUGCCGGAAAGCCAGGACAACCAGGAGUCGCUGGACCAGCCCAUAAGCAAAACCAAGAGUGCAUCAAGUGCCCAGCAGGAGCCCCAGGACCAGCCGGACCAGCCGGAGCCCCAGGACCAAAGGGACCAGACGGAAAUCCAGGAGCACCAGCUCACGGAGGAGGUCAAGGGCCACCAGGACCACAAGGACCAGCUGGAGCUCCAGGAGCACCAGGACAAGCCGGAGCGCCAGGAAACCCAGGACAAGCCGGAAAGUCUGGACAGCGUGGACGUGGACUUCCAGGACCAGCUGGAGCCCCAGGGCCACAAGGAGCUCCAGGAGCACCAGGACAGCCAGGAAGUGGAAAUGCUCCAGGACCAGCUGGACCACCAGGACCAGCCGGACCAGACGGACAACCAGGGCAUCCAGGACAAGAUGGACAGCCAGGAGCACCAGGAAACGAUGGGCAACCAGGAGGAGAUGCUGCCUAUUGUCCAUGCCCAACUCGUUCUUCCGUCCUCCGUCACCGUAAUGUCUCUCGUCACCGUGCUGUUGCUGCCAAGAAGAGAGUCGUUGCCAAGAAGCGUGUCGCCAGAAAGCGCGUCGCUGCUGUCAGACGUCAUGUUCAAGCUUAA